AGCCGGGGACGCAGCUGCCGCCUCACCCGGAGCAGACGGCAGCCCGCGGCGCGGCGCCCACCCCAGCUGCAAAGGAGCGCCUCCUCCUGCGAUGCCGGUUUUAAUUUCUCCUGAAGGGCAGCCGAGAGACGUCAGCUUGCGUGAAUGGGCGAGACUGAUGCCCUUUUAAUUAGGGUUUUCCAGCUCGAGCUUCCCCCCCACUCCACACCCCAUAAGGCUAAGACCUGCGGUUAAAAGAUGUACACGUUUGUGGUGCGAGACGAAAACAGCAGCAUCUAUGCUGAAGUCUCUAAGAUUCUCCUCUCCACGGGACAAUGGAAGAGGCUCAAAAGAGAUAAUCCCAGAUUCAACCUCAUGUUGGGCGAGAGAAACAGGCUGCCUUUCGGGAGACUGGGUCAUGAACCUGGACUUACACAGUUGGUGAACUACUACAGAGGGGCUGAUAAACUUUGUCGAAAAGCUUCUUUGGUGAGAUUAAUCAAGACAAGUCCUGAAUUGGUGGAGGCUUGCACGUGGUUUCCAGAAUCCUAUGUGAUUUAUCCAACCAAUUUGAAGACCCCAGUAGCUCCAGCUGAGAAUGGCCUUCAUCAUCUGAUAAACAACACAAGAACAGAUGAAAGAGAAGUCUUUCUGUCAUCCUAUCAGAAGAGGAAAGAGAGUGGAGAAGGAAAUGUGUGGAUAGCCAAAUCUUCAGCAGGAGCCAAAGGUGAAGGAAUUCUUAUUUCUUCAGAGGCUACUGAACUUCUGGAUUUUAUAGAUAAUCAAGGACAAGUGCAUGUGAUUCAAAAAUACCUGGAGAAGCCUAUGCUCUUAGAACCAGGUCAUCGCAAAUUUGAUAUUAGAAGUUGGGUCCUAGUGGAUCACCAGUAUAGUAUCUACCUCUAUAGAGAAGGUGUUCUACGGACCUCUUCAGAACCUUACAAUAGUGCUAAUUUCCUGGACAAAACCUGUCAUUUGACCAAUCACUGCAUUCAGAAAGAAUAUUCUAAAAACUAUGGGAGAUAUGAAGAAGGGAAUGAAAUGUUUUUUGAAGAGUUUAAUCAGUACCUGGUGAAUACUUUGAACAUUACUUUAGAAAAUACAAUCUUACUGCAAGUCAAAAAUAUAAUAAGAAGCUGCCUUAUGUGUAUAGAACCUGCUAUCAGUACCAAACAUCUUCAUUAUCAGAGUUUCCAGCUCUUUGGUUUUGAUUUCAUGGUGGAUGAGGACUUGAAAGUUUGGCUAAUUGAAGUUAACGGUGCUCCUGCAUGUGCCCAGAAACUUUAUGCAGAGCUUUGCCAAGGUAUCAUAGAUGUAGCCAUCUCUUGCAUCUUUCCUCUGAAUGAUACUAUUCAAAAACAGAACUUACCAUCUGUAUUUAUAAAGUUGUCAUAAUUAAGGAUCAAAUUGAACACAUUGGAAAGCGUCCACCUGUUUGGAUCCAGGAAAGACCAAGAAACAUUGAACAUUGCAUCUGCACAUCAUGCCAAAAAGAAGAAGGGAAAAAGUGGCAUAUUUUUUUUAAUUUCAGAAGAGGAACAUUUCAGAGGAAAGUCCCAGAUGAACCAAAAAGCUCUGAUUAACUCUGAAUGUUUUAAAGUAUUGUUACAAUAACAAAUCCUGUAACUGAAGCCUUUCUUUAUGUUUGAGGACAACGUAAUCAUUUUUUUAAAUGUCAGCAAAAUCCAGGGGUAUGAUCAAGUCUUGUCUUUAUCUAUCUUUUUCCUUCUAAAUUAAAAAAUUGUUUUAGCAAAUGCAAGUUUCAGUAUCCUUGAGAAACUGAAGAUUUUUCCACUAAGAUUUGUCAAUCUUUUCUUUCUUUACUUGCUGCAGUUCUAGUGCCUUAGCUUUGUUCCUAACAACUCUCCUAAUUUGUUUUGUUUGUACAAUGUUGCUUUUAAACUAAAACAGAAAAGCUGCCCUGUUUUGCGUGGUACAAAGUUUCUUCAAUAUCUUUGCCUUUAUAUAUAUUUAUUUGUGUGUUCAUUUUUUUUUUAAAAAAGGAUAUUCUUUGCGAGAAACUAACUGUGGGAGACUGCAAAACUGCAUCCUUUUUUUUCUUCUGACAAGCUGGCACAACUGCAAAAUCCUAUUACAUUCUUGUUUGUUUGUUUUAAAUCUCAUCCCUUUGCUUGUCUUUUUACCUUACGGAUAUGUUUCUGAGAUAGUGAAAUUGAAGCUUUUAAAGGACUUUGAUCCUUUCCUUAUUCCACAAAUAUUGGUUGGAUCCAUGCAUUGCGAUGAUCAUGAUAUGUGAAUUCACCCAGUAAGGCAUCAUAAUACAUGGAACCCAGGCCAUUAUUCAAUAAAUCAUGCUUGAAUUCGGGUUAAGUAGCCAUUUUAUAUCAGUUCACUUGGCAUAGCAAAACAAUGGCUUGGUUGUUGAAGUCCACAUUAUUCCAUUUGUCUAUCAUUUGUGAAUUCAUAUUCCCUUUCUAAUUUGUCCAGUCUGAGUAAACUGAUGCUAAUCACAUCCAUAGUAACCAAGUCCAAAUCAUGAUUGAAAAUCCAGUUAAAACCAUGUGCAAAGUGUU